CUUGCACGACUCUGGCAGUGGGCGGAGCCGAGAAACCGAAAGAGAAAGCGGGCUGGACGCAGAGGACCUCGGGCGCCGGGAUGGAACUUCAGUUGGCGAGCCUCUUGCUACUGGGUUGCUGCUGUCUAGGCCGCGGGGUCGCCGGGACCUGGCCUUGGAGCCACCAGCGGGAGGCGGCCGCCUUGCGGGAAAGCCUUAGUAGACACCGAUACUUGAACUCUUUCCCUCAUGAAAACUCUACUGCCUUCUAUGGAGUAAAUCAGUUUUCUUAUUUGUUUCCUGAAGAGUUUAAAGCUUUGUAUUUAGGCAGCAAACCUUCCUGGGCUCCCAGAUACCCAGCAGAAGGACAGAGACCUAUCCCCAAUGUGUCUUUGCCAUUAAGAUUUGACUGGAGGGACAAGCAUGUUGUCAAUCAUGUAAGGAACCAGAAGAUGUGUGGAGGAUGCUGGGCCUUCAGCGUGGUGAGUGCAAUAGAGUCAGCUUGUGCAAUCCAAGGGAAACCUCUGGAGUACCUGAGUGUGCAGCAGGUCAUCGACUGCUCCUUUAAUAACUAUGGCUGCCAUGGUGGCUCUCCUCUCGGUGCUUUGAGCUGGCUAAAUGAGACGCAGUUGAAGUUGGUGACAGAUUCCCAAUACCCAUUCAAGGCAGAAAACGGCCUGUGCCGCUACUUUCCUCAAUCACAGUCUGGAGUUUCAGUCAAGGAUUUUUCUGCAUAUGACUUCAGUGAACAAGAAGAUGAAAUGGCCAGAGCACUUCUAUGCUUUGGUCCUUUGGUUGUGAUAGUUGAUGCAGUAAGCUGGCAGGAUUAUCUGGGGGGCAUAAUCCAGCAUCAUUGCUCCAGUGGGGAGGCAAACCACGCGGUUCUCGUCACAGGCUUCGAUAAAACAGGAAAUACUCCAUAUUGGAUGGUGCGAAACUCCUGGGGAGACUCCUGGGGAGUAGAAGGCUAUGCUCAUGUGAAAAUGGGAGGUAAUAUUUGUGGCAUUGCAGACUCUGUCGCUGCUGUCUUUGUGUAAACAUGAAAUGUUUUGGAUUCCCCAUGAGACAACUACUAAAAUGAUGCACUUCAUAGUGUAAUUUAAUAUAAUGCUCAACUCUAAGCAUUAUGCCCCAUCAAGUUCCAACAACUUGUCUACAGAGAAGUUCUAAGAGCAAACUGGCAUUUUAUAAAGCAACCUAGGACAUUCUAUUUUUGCAGAGAGAUGGACAGCCAAAGUUCUUAGGAAAUCCCCAGCUCAUUGACUGAUCAACAGACUCUAUGGGAUAGUAUGUACCUCUGAGAGUUUGGUGGGAUCAGAAGUCACAUAGUGUCUUUUAUCUGGAAGCAGUUGGGACUUUUGCUUGCUUAUUGUCUUUCGGGCUGUCUACUUUAAUGAAGUACUUUGGUUAGGUUGAAGCAAAGAAACGAUUAAAAUUUGUUCUCCUUUGUGACUUAUAAUCACCCGUCUUAGAUUACCUCAUCUACAAGAACUCUCAACCUGAUGCAAUGUGUAUCUCACAAUUACAGUGGCCUUCUGUAAUGGAGUUCCAUGUGUACAGAUUGGAAAUAUCAGUUGUUUUAUCUCAGCACAUGGACCUUACUCUAAACAAUGGAAUAACUAUGCACAAAGAAGAAGCAACUAUGCACAAAGAGAAUCCCAUCUUCAGAGAGACAACCCAACUGGAGUUAAAUGAAGCACAUGAUCACAUGACAGCUAUGUGAUAGAGAGUAUCCUAUUCAGGGAAGCAUAUUGUCUAUAAAGCUUCACAGUCAAGGACCCAAAACAUUUAGCUUCUUGCCUUCUUCUGUCUGUAGUAGAGAAUGAAGUACGGUCCACAUUUAUUCCUCUCUUGUCAUUUACCAUGCAAUUCCUUUGGAUUCCAGGUGAUUCACCUUCCAGUCCAAAGUAACUCAGUCCCAUUAGUUAUAUUCCAUUUCUGGUACCCAAU